AUGCGUCGACCCUUUAUUAUUCAUGCAACAUUUUGUAUACUUUACAUCAAUAUAUUAUUUCAAAAAACUGACGCUGUCAAUAAACGAUUUUAUUCUAGUGGUAUUGCUGAUCUCGUACGAACAGCAUUUAAACGUGGUUUAAGUCGUUUUAUAAAUUAUCAAACAUCUUACAGUUCUGAUGUAUUUCAUUAUACUCAAGCAUUACAACAUGGUUAUGAUGGACUUUUUUCAGGUGAAUCAUGUCGAUUAUCACCAAUGAUAUGUUCACAUGAUGAACAAUGUUGUACACGACGAUGUUUAUGUCGUCGAUGGUUAACCAUGGGUGAAGAACGAUAUGUCAAGAUUAAAAAAAUAUUUGACAAUUUUGGAUUUACACUAAUACGUACAAAACCAAAUUUAUUUAUUAUAAAUGAAAAACGAUUUAAUCGAAUAUUAAAUUUAUUUAAUAUUCAACAAAAUCAUUUACAAUUUAUCAAACCAUAUCAAAUACAAUCUCAUUUGAAAUCUGAUAUGAUUCCUAUUUCAAGUGAUAAUAUUGAAUUUCAUAGAAAAAUGAUAAAAUUAAAUACAUGUUCUACAUUAACUGCUAAUGGUCACGGAAUAUCUAAGAUAAUAUAUUCAUCGAUUAAUUAUGAUAUAGAACAAUUAAAUUAUCGUACAAUAUAUGAAGAUAUAAGUCUAUCAAAAGUAUGUCAAAAUAUAUCUAAUCGAUUUUUAUUUCGACGAGUAAAUAAUCCAAAAUUUUUUGUAUUAAAAUAUCUCAUUAGUUUAAAUUUUUAUGUUAAAUUUAAAGUUUUCAAUUUUUAUUAUAUAUAA